UUGAUAACGACAAUCAUGAAUAAAGAAAACAACAGGAGCGCAGCUGGUCUGCGAAGAUCUGCGAUAGUGGAAAGGAUACGCUUGCGAGAAGAAUGGUCCGCUUUGAAAGGUUCUGACGACGUUCCACCAGCUGCUGUUAUCAGGAAAAGGCAGAACAGAAUUUUGAAAAAGAAAGAGGACAAUGUGGUUGUAAGCAAUAAUGACAAAUGUGAUGAAAUUGGUAAUAAAUUUCGGAUCAAAGUUGGAAUGGAAAAUUCAAGAAUUACCCGCGCAACGGUGGCAACCAACGAGGCACUCCGCGGUGUAGUGGCGUUGGUCGAAGUAGGGGCGGAGCACCGAGCGCUUGCCCUUAGGGCUGCGCUCACUGCUCUAGGAGCUACCGUCGUGCCAGCUUGGAGCCCUCUCGUUACGCAUCUUAUUUGGUCUGAGGGCGGCUGUCGUAGUACUCGUGCGAAGGCCCGAGCGCUGGCCUGUCGCCUGGUUUCCCCACUCUGGGUGGAAGCCUGUGCGGCUAGUGGUCGUCGACUAAUGGAAACCACUUUUCCAGCAGCUCCAAGACCCUCAGAUCUACCUUCACCGAAAACCCUAAGACGUCUGCUGAUAAAGGCGGAAAUGGAGAACAUACCCCUGGCGGACUUGCUCUCCGACAGCAAAGAGGAUGAAAAUGAAAUGAAGCCACGUCUGCGGAUUUCCAGCGAAACGGAACGCGAUAUAUCUACUGACAAAUCGACGGACACGUCUGCAGACACGUCGCAUGACUUGACAAGGGAUCAAACUGACAUAGAAACACGUGUCAACACGGCACCUCGUCGUGCUUUGCCCAUCUCCACUAUAUCCCCGCGGCCAACCAAGUCCAGGAGAAAACUCUUCACACAGAAAGAAGCCGAUAUUUCAAAAUCUGGUGGAAACGAGACCGAUGCUGACGAGACACCAGUCCGUCGGCAGCGGCCACAACUGACGCAGCACGAGCGCCGCGAACUGGCCAAAGCGGAACGCAUGGCUCGCCGCCUGGCCGCCGCGCACGCACACAGGCACGCGCAUCCGCCCGCCGACGCACACACGUACAGAGUCGUAUUAACCGGGAUGUCUAGGUCGGAACGACUCGCCGCUUACAACGCGAUUCGAACCUUGAACGGGCGCGUGCAGAAACAAGUCAACCGGAAAACUACACACGUACUCCUUGGCUCGUGCUGCGAGGACUCUCCGGAAGCUAGUCCAGAGAAAAAUAUAAAAAAUAAAAGCACGAAUAAAAACCAUGAAAACAAUAGCAAUAGAGUAAACAGUUCAAACAUGACAGUAAUGGGCGAAAUGGCGCCAAAUGAAAACAAUAUGGCGUCGGUAGUCGACAACAUGGCGUCGAAAACACAAAAAUUACGAACGGUUAACGCUUUAUUGGGAGCGGCGAGAGGUUGUCGUGUUCUAUACGCAAAAUGGGCCACUGAUUGCUUGGCAGAGAAAAGAUGGCUCCAUCACUACGGGUAUGAGGUGCCGCAUUUGAGAAAAAUAUCGUUAAAAGCGCGAGUGGAACGCACGGCGCUAGGCAGAAUGCGCUCCGAAUAUGCGUAUGACGUAUUCAACGGUAUGCGAGUGCGCGUUUCGCCUAACGCCGAGCAGAAAGACGCCGUAAUCCAACUGCUAACACUCUGCGGCGCUGUUGUGCAACAUGGCAGUAACGCACAAAAUGGCGGAGUAACACAACAUGGCCGCCAACUGCAAGAUGGCAGCGUUUCACAACAUGGCCGCCUCCAAAACGCAUGGGUCACUCGAAAGAGGAAUGCGCAAAAUGGCGGCCCGAUUUCAGCGGAUUACGAUAUAAUUGUAGGUGUGGAAGACGGUCAAGUUAGUUCGAAAUGGGUUUUCGAUAGCGUGGCGGCAUCUAGAAUGAGGACUGCUAGGCGAUAUGUUAAUAAUACGGUUUUAGAAGCUUCGAGAAUUCUAAGUCAAGAGUGUAGCAGAUGGUAA